UUGAAAGGCAAAAGCGCGCUGACGUCACACGCCAUCGAGGGCGACAGGAAGAACGCGGAAGCUGUUGAAAAGUAGUAAAAUGGCUCUUGGAGACUGUUGGAAGAACUUGUCGUGGUUCUAUCGCCAGUACCUCCUGGUGACGGCUCUCUACAUGCUGGAACCCUGGGAGAGGACCGUCUUCAACUCCCUGCUGGUCAGCGUGGCGGGCAUGGCGGUCUACACGGGCUACGUGUUCAUGCCACAGCACAUCAUGGCCAUCAUGCGCUACUUUGAGAUGGUGCAGUCGGGCGGCGCUGACCUCUGACCUCCAUCACAUGCGCCACGCCUUCUCCCUGCAAUUACCCGGCGGUCAGAGGUGAGGUUGGGUGUCGUCGCCAUGUUGGACUUUUUGGGGGAUCCUCGGCCAUGUUGGAUUUUAAUAUAAAAGGUUUCAUUUCACUUAGUUUUUUUUCUCACAAUCAACAGCACCUACUAUUUUUUUUUUUUUUUUACUGAAGAACGUCACAGACUCUUUCACGGACCAAUCAUGACUUUGAAAAGUAGGGUUGGGGACUCUAGUUGCUCAUUGACAGCAUCCAGAAGGAAACAAAAUAAAUGUUCUAUUUUUGAAAUAAUAGACAA